AGCGAACAUCCUAGCUUAAUUUGUCCACCCACGCAAUUUAGGAGAUCAACCAGCAUCAACUGCUCACCAAAACACUAAACCGCAAAUGAUCCGAAAUUCAAGGUAGGCUAGGUCAACUCGACCUUAGUAUUUGCUUGCCUUCAUACCCUCAUCCCCAACUGCAUCAUUCCCUGAAAUAGAUCCAGCAAUCAUUCUCUAGAUACCCAUCAUUCCCGGACACCGGACUCCACCAAUUCAUCCACCAUUGCUACACCACCGUCUAGUGGUGGUUAUGUUCCAUCUUCCUUCGCACUUAGCAACAAAUCCUCGGCCUCCAACAUCACAUCCAUCACCAAUGUGACUCCUGUGGUGUCGUUUAGUACACCUCCUCAGCUCUCCUUAAUGCUGUUCUCGAAUCAAAAUCCAUCGAUACACACCGCUGACUCCGUCUCACUUUCUGAUAAUGAUUCCAUUGCACACUCUGAGCCUGUUACCAUUUCAAGAUCGCAAUCUCGUCCAGAGUCAUGCCAUUCAGGUUCCUUCGGCUCAACUUUAUCGGCAGACCACGAACCUCGCCCCGUGAGUGUUCCAAUUGGCCACCACCGUCGGAGCUCCCCUGUCCCCAGUGAUCCACUCUCGUCUUCGCUUAGCCUAUUGUCAAGCUCCUUGCCAGCUUCAUCAGCUGUAUCCUACCCGCUAUCUACCAGCCAGAAAACCGGUGGAGUAAGACGACCUGUCAAUGCCAUGGCCAGACAGCAUCAACGAUCACGAAGCUCUGUAGACUCCCUGACCAAAUUAUUACCGCCUGUGACUCCUGAACCGUCCGAAAGUAAAGUGACAACGGCUUGGUUCAAAGUAGGUGAGGAAUUACAGGAGAAAUGUGUAUACCUCGGACAAGUCAGUGACGGUGUCACUCUUGUUAUAAUUUAUGAUCCGCCAAAGCAAUCCAACCCUAGCCUCAGACCUCGCCAUCUUACCAAAUUGCAAUCGCAGCUAAGAGUCAGCCUAGCGGAUUUCUCUAGCUUCUUACUUACCAAAGAACAAACGCAUUUCUCCAUGCUAUCUGUUCUUACCAACUACCCUGGCCUCGUACAUUUUGUAUAUAUGGAUGGUACUGGAGUCAUGGUUCGACCUAUUGUCACCGACUUGCGGUAUCAAGCCGAAGUAUUGGGCCAAGGGCGAUGGAAGGAUUUGUCUGUCGAUAUCAUCAACACUGCCCUCCAUAAUUUGAUCAAACUGGCCACUCAAUACCGAGACUCUAGCUAUACGGGUGUGCAUAUCCUCGGUGUGCCUAAUCACUGCCCAGUCGCCACUCGACUUCACUAUGUAUACCAAAGGUUUAGCAAGCGACAAGAACUCUAUGCGCUGUACCUCGAUGACAUUUCCAGCGCUCAAGUUGGCCAUCUGCAUGAGAAAUUAGCUCAUGAUUUGUCAAAACAAACCGUGUAAUGUGUUUGUUUGUAUGCUGCCUCAUGUACUUUUACACUGCCGUUCUUUUGUUCUACGAAGAGAAAGGAACGGCAAUGAAACAGAAC